AUGCCAGCAACGAACGAGAACUCGAGCCUUAAGCUCCUCCAACAGGAUCUAUACCAGAGACACUACGAUGACUCGGCGCGUACUGAGUCUCUGGAAAGGUCCUAUUUGCGUGCCAGGCAACUGGCACGGCAUCAUGCCCUCACCUUGGAUGAUGUCCUCUCCCUGACUCCAAAGUUUUGGGAUGCGCACAUGGACGGAAUCAUCGUCCGAGACGUCACCGCGCAGAUUCUGUGGUCCAUUCAGUUCAACUUGGUCGCGGGAACCGUAGCCCCCUUCGCUCUUCAGCGGCCUGACCUGCACCCCUUCAUGGAAAAGCUACUUAAUUUUGAUAUCACGACUCCAUUCAUGCUCAAUGAGCUUGACCAUGGGUGCGAUGCAAAGAACCUGGAGACCACCGCGACAUGGCAGCCCGAUGGUAGCUUCAUGGUACACAGCCCUUCCCCGGGAGCAGCCAAGUUCAUGCCUCCUUCCAUGCCCGUCGCCGGCAUCCCUCGUGUUGCGGUAGUGUUCUGUCGUCUUAUGGUCGAGGGAGACGAUAGAGGAAUUCGUCCGUUCCUUGUUCCCUUGAACGACGGGAGACAGAUGUGCACCGGGGUCAUGUCCCAGAUGCUUCCUCCUAUCGCGAGUGGCCGCGUCUUGGAUCACGCCCUCACCUCGUUCAACCAAGUACAGGUUCCAUCAACCGCCCUGUUGGGAGAGCUGGAGAAACCCGACAACAUGCGCGACAGGUUCCUCUCAGCAAUCCAGCGGGUCGGCUUCGGCACCCUGGCCCUGAGCUUGUGGACCAUCCCUUUCAUGAAAUGUGCCACGUACUUGGGAGGCAAGUACAGUCUGCGGCGUAUGGUCGUAGGCUCGGAUGGCAAGCCGAUGCCCAUCAUUUCGUUCCGCACCCAGCAAGUGCCUAUCCUGCAUUCGUUGGCGCAGGUCACGAUCAUGAUGCCUUUCGCCAACUGGAUCACUUCGCACUUCAGCGAUACGUCUCUUGAUUUUAGGGUCCGACAUGGGUUGGGAGUCAUCCUGAAGGCAACGUUCCUUCAGUUCGGACAAGGCAGUAUUGCGGGGAUUCUUGAGCGCUGUGGUGCUCAGGGAGUCUUUAUUCACAACCAGCUAGUUGAGCUUGAGGCUCUAACCCGAGGAAAUGGUAUCGCAGAAGGCGAUUGUCUGGUUCUGUGCAUUCGCCUCGCAACGGAACUCCUCAUCGGCCGAUACGCCGUACCAAAGCCCGCACGCCCGGACUCUCUCCUAGCUCAACAUGAAGCAGGCUACGUUCGGGAGCUACAGGCCGCACUCAAGAGUAUCAAGAAGGCGCAUCGUAGCGACGAAUACAACAGCUUGAUUAUCCCCCGAUGUCGCCCGUUGAUCAUUGCGAUUGGCCACCGGAUGGCGUACGAGGCCGCCUUGGAUGCUGGCAUUGACGCCGACCUCCUGGCGCUGGCCGAGGCAGGCAUGGUCAACCAGGAUCUCAGCUGGUACAGUGAGAACCUCGGCUUCAAGCGGUUCACCCAGUACCAGAUGGAACGGCGUGCGAUGGACCGCAUCCUCCCGCGGCUGGACCAGUUGCUAGACGAGCUGGAGAUUGGCCCUUACUGUGUCGCCCCAUUCCAGACGGCCGAGCGGUUCGCGGCUUUUGUCCGGGCCGCGCCGGCAUACACUGGGGAAGGAGUGGUGGAUUUGAGCGAGGAAAAGGAGACUUUUGCUCCGGUUCAGGCGAGACUUUAG